AUGACCUCAGAACAGGAAGAUAAUACUGAAGAAAAACCAAAGAAACGUACAACAACCCUCAAUCCUGAUGCGCCAGAAUUUAAUCCCUCCCAGACACGCACCUCUGGACAACUUAAUGCGGACGCACCCGAGUUCAUACCCGGACAGCUAGGGACAUUUGAUGGAGGGAUCGGAUACGUUUCGGUGCAAGAUGUCAAACAUAACAGGAGGUACAAGGGAGGCUACCCAAGACAACCAGCAAAUAUGCAUCACUCAGGAAUGCAAUAUCAGUCCAGAUGGCAACAGCAAUAUGUACCAAUGUGGGUACCAUACCAACCCGAAAUGGAGAGAAACAAUGCUAUGUACGACUAUGUCCCAUAUGGAUAUGGAGGAAGGCGUGGUUACGAUGGACAGGGUAGACAAGGCAGGGUGCCAAGACAUGGAGCUCCAGAUGUAGAACCACAGAAACGCGAGGCAAGACUGCCUCACGGAGUCGGGGCUCAAAUGCCACAAAAUGCAUACCCGAGGUAUGCAGAUGAAGCGGAAAGACGCAGGGCUAUGAGAGAAGCAGGAUAUGUGCCAUACAAGAGACCAGGCAUGCCUCCAGCUCAUCCCGGAUAUCGGCAAGAUGGUGGAUCAACAGGACAUUUACCGCCAUAUCAUGAUAUGAACGAUAGAACAAUGACAUGGGCAGAUAGAUUCCGACAAAACCAACCUCAGCCACGAGAACCAGAAUUUCCCAAAGAACCCGUAAAUGCACCUAAAGCUACGUGGAAUGGCAGACCCACGUUUGCCGAUAUGAUGAAAAUGACAGCAGUGAGUCCGAGCAAAGAAGCUGAAAAAACGGUGCCUGAUCAAGAUGGCGAAACCACGAUGACCGCCGAUAAUGACCCUGCCGUGGAGAAGGGCGAAAGCAUCGACGAAGCUCACACGCACAAUGAGCAUCCUAUGAAAACGGAACCGAUCGCUGAAUAUGCUCCACAUGUAAAAGAGAAAAAGGAGGAGGUACAGGUUAAAGCGGAAAAGGAACUUUCAACGCAGCUCGAUGAUGUAGCUCCUAAACAUGUUGAAGCAGAAACGGUAGGUGAUAAGAAGCAACUUGUCAAGGAGGUACACGAUACUAAGGAGGCUGUGGACACCAAAAUAGAAUCUGCCACUCCUGUAGAACGCGAGGCACUGCCGCAAGAAACGGAAAUGCCAUCUACACAAAAAGAAGAAAUCCUGCAGGCCGAAUUAUCCGUACCAAGUGUUGUACAAUCAGUUCCUAUUACACAGGUAGCAAAAAGCUGCAUUGUUACUCAACAGCAGUCAUCUAGUCAUGAAACCCAAGUGACACCUGAUACAAAAUCCCCUGUGACACCACAGCUAGAGACACCAGUGGAGGUAGCACGGGACGAUGCACAGGAUGACCUAAGGGACGCUUCUAGUGUUGCAACGGAAACACAAGAAGAUGUUAUAUCGGAAAAGGAUAAAGAAAUCAUAUCGGAAAAUCAAGUGCUCAAAUCAGAAUCAUCUGAAUUACAGCGAGAAAUCUUGGAGGAAACACCCGAAAUGGGUGCCAAGGAAGAGCCUAUGAAUGAAGUACAGGAGGAAAAGAAGCAACCAUCUUCGGGCCAAUCUGUUGGAUUCAAUGGCAUAUAUACCAUUGACCAACUGCUCUCAUGUGGAUUUGAGAUGAGAAAACAGCACAUUGAGGAAAAGCUUAGUUGGAGAUACGCCGAUGCGACUCGAGACACAAAGACCACUAGCGAUUAUCGGCGAAACCAUACUUACGAUGAUAGGAAUAGUCACUCACGAUCUAAAGGAGACAACUGGAAUUUGCAAAGACGCACUGCAAGGGCAGAAACAAAGGGUUUCAAUGCGUCGUACAAAAAUUUAGAAUUCUCGAGGGAUCAGCUAGAAGCUGUUUCUUUGCCACAGGCAUCGGAAUCUUCAUGGAUCAUGAAACAGGCUAAACUGAAGUCGGACAAAAAACAACAGCUUAUACGAAAGCUUAUGGGACUGCUCAACAGGCUCACUGUAGAAAAGUUCGACACUAUUUACAAGCAAGUCUUGCUUAGCGGCGUGGAGACAUACGAGCAGGCAUUUGUGCUUGUCAAAAUUAUAUUUGAGAAAGCAAUCACACAACACCAUUUCAUACCAAUGUAUGUAGAGUUGUGUGCUAAAUUGUCCUACGAUCUCGACAAUUUCACACCCACGGAUUCGCAAACGGGAUCACCACCCAACCCUCCUGUUGCGAACAAACAGGAUCAAAAGGCUUCAAGAAAAAGUGAUUUUAUGAGAAUAUUACUAAAUUGUUGUCAAGAUUCAUUUGAAAGUAAUUUGAAGCCACUAGAAUUCCCACCGGAACUAGAAGGCGACGAUAGAUUUGAAUACGAACUUAAGUACAAACAGAGGAUGAGGGGUAACAUGAUAUUUGUCGGAGAACUUUUCAAGCAAAAGCUUCUGGCCGCUAAACUUCUCAUCACAUGUUUGGACCAAGUAUUUGCCAAGCGCAACGAAUGCAUUGCGGCCGCAGGCCGUAUUGAUGCCGGUGACCACCACCUGGAAGGUAUGUGUACGCUAUUGCAAACAGUAGGCAAAUGUUUCGACACUGACAAAUGGAAAUAUUCGGGAGAAUUUGAAAAACAUAUACAGAUGCUUACCGACCUUGGAAGAAAUCCCAAUAUUUGUUUCCGUAUCAGGUGUCUAAUCCAAAACGUAUUGGACAGCCGGCAUGGAAACUGGGCAACGUCUACGCCAUAUAAGGUUGAGGGUCCAUGCAGACUGCAAGAGCUCAGAACGAAAGUCAUGGAGCAAGAAAAACAGCAAGAAGAAAAUGCAUGGAGAACCCGAAGGCGUGGAAGAAAUUCUGAAAUUAAACCAUCCUCACCGAGGUCAACCUCAGCUGCGCCUAACGUUCUGGCCAACCCUAUUGUUCCACCUCCGAUUACAACCGAGGAGAUCAAGAGGCGUACAAGGGGUAUUGUAAGGGAACUAGUGAUGUCCCACGACCCCGUCGAGGCGUCCCUUUGUGUAAGCGAACUAAACGUCCAGCCAACCCAGGACUUUGAACUAUAUUUCCAUAUUUUCGGCGCUGCGCUUGAGGCAUGCGCAAAACUCACAGCUGAUCAAGAAAGGCGAGUUGUAGCUAAAUGGCUUACAGAUCUGGCUGUUGGUAGAUCGUCGCAGGAAGCAUUAGUAAAGUGGUUGAGUGGAUUUGUCAAGGAUGAGCCCGCUGAACAUGGGUACUCCAUGAUGGUCGAAGAUUACCCAGUGACGCCACUUAUGUUAAAGGAGCUCAUAGACUGUAUGAAGGAGAAGUAUGCCAACGUUCGAGGUUUUGCAGACGUUGUCAAAAUUAUAGAAAGCGAAAUAUAUCCCGCCGCAGGAUUGAUCGCAUAG